AUGUGUCCAUCACCUUCUUUGAUUACAUUAUCUACAUCGCAGCAUUCUAAUGCAAAUGACAGCCUACUAUCACCGCAAUCAGACACUGCAUCCACCAUCACACCUCAUACCACGAUGGCAACAACCACUACCGCCGCAUCGUCGCAACAACAACACUCUAUGAUUGCAGAGCUGGAAGAGCUGCUGGGUAGAUUGGAUAAAGAGACCAAGAUGAAGUCAGGAGUCGAGAAUAUGCUAGAAGUCUAUUUACGAGAUAAAAAGAGGACAAAAGAGUUGGAAGCACAAUUAGAAGCGUACCAUACAGCGAUUGAAAACACAAAGAAGCGCAUUGAAUUUAUACGAACGCAUGCUGCAAAUUCAGGCAUCAAUAUCAUUGAAGUUGCAAAACUGCUAAAAGCUCAUAAAUAUGCAGGAACUAGUUUCUCAGAUGCCAUCACUCCAUCCACAUUAGCACAAUCACGUUCAAAACUAAGAUCCAAUAAUGGAGCAGGCGCAGGAGUAGGACCAUCGAAAGGCAAACAAAAAGCAGCCAUGGAGAAUGUAUCUUAUCCUGAUGAUGAUGCUUGGCCUAUAGGAAAACGAUUGGAUCAUAUUAUGCAGCAUUUGGAGGUAGAUGAAUGGAGAACCAUCAACACAAAUAGAUCACCACCAUUACCACCACCCAGUACCAUCAAGGAGUCCAAGCUGGAGAAACUGGAGGUGUUGAUUAGAAUAUUAAAGAAUACAACUGGCAUAGAGGCACAUUACCCCAAACAGAAACUGAUUUCCAGUUUGAGACAGUGUAUCAUUAGUCCACAUAGAGAAAUUCGAAUUCUAGGGUUGCGUGCAUUGAGGCUGUUGGUGGAAGGACCUGACGAUGUCAAAAUGAUGAUGGUGUUUCAAAUGGAUAUAUUUUGUGCCAGAGCACUUGCUCGUGAUCCAGAAGGAUACGAACCCGAAAGAGAACAGACUGUCAAGCUAAUUCGAGCAUUCAUUGAAUACGGCGGCGUCAAACACAUCAAUCAAGGCAUCGUAAGAGCUGUCGUUGCUAUUGCAGAACAACAAGACGGCCGCUUGAGAAACAUUGCAUUAGAGACACUAGCAGAACUAACUAUUUUGGAUGUCGCAUUGACUGUGCGAUCAGGCGGCUUACGAGUACUGAUUCAAGCGUUGAUUGAUGGACAACAAGGUAUAUCUGAAGUGCUGGUUCAAUCUGUGUUGUAUGUGCUGGAUACACCCGACACACGAUGCUAUUUACGACCUGGCGUUGAACUGGAAACUAUCAUUGCCCCAUUCACUGAAUCCAACAAGGGUGCCAAUUAUGAAGAACGACUCAAAAACAGUGCUAAAAUGGUAACUACAUUGAUCAAGAGUUGGGCUGGCCUAUUUUACAUGAGCGCAAACAACAUGAGAGCAGCGAGAUCUGUAGUGCAGGCCUUGAGGAUGCCUGUACCAGAGACACAGAAAUUGGUAUUGGACAUGUUUUUUGAUGUGUUUCGAGUCAAGCUACCCAAAGAUCAUCACAGUUUUUUAUCUGGUAGACAACACACGGUUCAGAUCGCACCUACCACCACAACGACAGAAGCCACCAAAACCUCACGUCCUGGACCUACUACUGUCUUGAACGGUGCUGUCAUGUCCAACUUGAUGACAGCAGGUGGCAUCAGUCCAGACGCGUAUGCCAGAUGCAGCUUGAAUCCAGGAGCUACGACAGCCAGCAAUGCAGAACGACUGAAAAUGCUGGACCAUCAUCUCAGUAUCAUCAUUAUUAUUUUUAUUGAAUCCGAUAUCCUCAUGGCCUUGAUUGAUAUGGUGAAAUCAGACGAUAUCUACAUGUCGAGAAAAGCCACGCUUUUGAUUGGUGAAAUACUGCAACUCUCGACUCGCUUAUUACCCAUCUUGAUGGCGAUUCAGGUACAAUCGUUGCCCAAGCUGUUUACGUUGGCAUCCAAUUUUGAAGAUGAGCAGGUGAGGCACAAUGCCACGGCUGCAUUAGCGCACAUUGACCGCUUGACACGAGCGCGUACACGCUACAACAUGGCCUCCAACAGCGUCGCAUCAUCCACGCUGGCCACGUACAAGGGAGGGGAACGAUUACUGACCCAAAACACGCCCUCCGCACGCACGCAGGAGAAGGUGCAUGAAGUCAAGCUCAAGAUUGGCUAUGCCAUUGACGAUACCCAUUUCAGACAACUCUUGAUCGACACACAAGUAUUGAAUACCAAAGACUAUACCAAAUGGAAUUGGGACAGUGUGAUUGAGCUGUUACAGGGUCCACUGCUCAACCCGAGAAGACUGGAAGAAGCCAUGCGAGGCAAAAAGUUCAUCAAGCGUCUUUUGGCCUUUUACCGACCUUUCAAGCAUCAGUUCUCUGACAUGAAUGCCACCAAGGGCACCAUCAGUCGCUAUGUCAAGACGGGCUGUACGCUAUUGUCGACGCUGUUGACCAACGCGGACGGUGUGCGGUACUUGAGCGAGAACAAGCUGCUGAGCGACAUUGCCAAUGCCUUUAACGAACUGGACCCUUUACUGAUGAACAAUGGAGACCAAGCUACAGAGCCCAUCUUUAGCAAGGAGCGCAUGGAGAGCACAUUGACCUGUGGCUAUUUUGCCUUGUUGGGCACCUUCUCCAAGCACAAGGAAGGUGUGCGUAUACUGGAAAAAUUCAAGAUCUUUAGCUGCUUCUACCAAAUCUCUGAGCUCAAGAAUCGCACAGACCUCAAGGUCGCCAUGAUCACCAAUCUGGAUUACACGUUGGACGGCCACCCUCGCGUCUUGCUAUCCAAGAUCAUGACAUCUGGAUACAACCCGAUCCGUUUAUUCGCCACACAGCAUAUUGGCGUGAUUAUGCGACAAUCCGAAGCUGAAUACAAUGAUUGGGUGAUUCGACUCUUGGUCACACAAUUGUACGAUACGCACAUGGAUGUAUGUCAAACAGCUGUGAACUUGCUGGAUGAAGCUUGCGAGAAGCAAGCCAAUCUAGAGUUACUGGUGAAAUGCCGACCUAGCUUGGGCCACCUAGGCGAGAUUGGCAAUCCACUGCUGCUGAGGUUCUUGUCUACAUCGACUGGAUUUCGAUACUUGAAUGCCUUGGGAUAUGUGCAAAAAGAAAUGGAUGAUUGGUUUGAGCGAGGAAAUCAAAAUUAUGUCAUCCAAUUGGAACUUUCGCUGGCGAGAGCAUUGAUCAAUACACCCGAGAAAAAGACCAUCAAUCCGUUUGAAGAGCGAGUGGAUAGCGAGAACGAUUUUGAAGCACUACAACCGGGCGAUGGCUUGACGCCUCCUCAUUUCUAUGGUGAACUCACAAAAACGGAAGAAGGCUGUAAUCUAUUACGAGAAAGAGGUCAUUUUAAGCUGUUUGCCGACUAUGUGCGUAAUUUCUCUUUGGUGGAGAAAAAGCAGGAUCAGGUAGAGGCAUCGCUUGGUCAACUCAAGGCAGUGUUGUGGGCGUUGGGCAAUAUUGGCGCUACCAAGAAUGGGUUGCCCUUUUUAGAGGAAGAGGAUGUUGUCAAGGAUAUUGUGGAGAUGGCAGAAAGUAGUGAUAUCUUGUCCCUCAAAGGAACAUGUUAUUUUGUGCUUGGCUUGAUUGCUAAAACUCAACAAGGUGUUGAAUUGCUAGGUGAAAUUGGCUGGGAGAGUGUCGUCUCUUCCAACGGAGAGCCUGAAGGACUAUGUGUACCAUUAAAUCUCUCUCGAUUCCUCAGUAUACGGAACUGGAAAUACAGGGCAGCAUUAUCUGCACCACCUCAACUGCCAAAAUCUGCCACUGCUGAUUCUGUCGGCGCAGAUAUCCUCAAGAACAUUGGCGACAUGAGUAACCAUAUAUUGGCUAAUGAAGCCUCCAAGAAUCUGGCCAGACUAAAACAGGUGUAUCCUGAUUCAUUCAAACGAGUCGAUCUCUACUUCUCGGUGUGCCAGUUGCUCGGUAGCUAUCACUUUAGAUCGCCUGUACGCAAGUACGUAUUAGAGAUAUUUGAAAUGCAGUUUACUAGUGAAUUACUGCAAGAACUGGACGAACUCUCUGCAACCAUCACACAAUCGACAUCCUGUAUCCCAUUCACAACGACAACCAGCAGCGACAAGUCAUUUCAGAAGCCAUCCACAUCUGCUGCCAUUAUCAAUCCCAAUGACAGCAUUCCACAAGAGAAAUUAGAGGCCAAGACCAAAAUGAUGGGAUUCCAUGUCGCAUCCCAGUAA